AUGUCUACUUACCUAUCUCACCUCACCGUCCUAGAACGCAGUGCUUCUUCCUACCCAGACGUCCCGGUCUUCAGAGUGCCCCGAUCAGAUCCAUCAACUGGUCAGGUACAUGAUUGGUCGUCAAUAACUUACAGCCAGUUCAAGGAUGACGUCGAAUUCACUGCUCGGUAUUGGCAUCAGAUACUUGAGUCUGACGGCGUACCGGAACAUUCUGUCGUAGGUCUAUGGCUACCGGGAAUGGCAUACCAGGAUGUUCUCCAUAUUUAUGGCCUUUCGCGAGCUGGAUAUGUCCCUCAGCUCUUCAGCAUUCGUUUGCCAAAUCCUGACGUUGUGCUUGAGCUGCUCACGAGGGCAGGCGCGAAAGCGUUGAUAUUUGAUUCCCAAUUCCAGUCAUUGACUGCAUCGUUCCCCCUUCCCGUCCAUCUGGCAAUUGAAAAGCGGGACAUGGCAUCUUUCGAACAUGACCUUCCUCUCAUACGACCCACCUCCAACCCUGACAAAGCGGUAUUUGUUUUCCACACAAGUGGCUCUACGUCAGGCAGCCCCAAGCUCGUCCCUUGCAAUUCUCGCUGGCUCGAUGCAAUUGUGGCGAAGGCUGGGGUGACCAGCGCUCCCAUAAAUCCGCGUCAGCAAGACGUUUCCGUUUGGAUGGGCAGCAUGUGUCACAUCGCUCAAACAUUCAUGCUCAUUGGCACUUUGCAACACGGGUCUUGCGUCAUUCAGCCAACGAAGAUUGGGUUUUCCUCAGAAGAAUUGAUCGAUAUGAUCCACCGCUGCCAGCUCAAUCGCCUGAAUCAGUUUGCCACGUUCCUUUCCAUUCACCUUCGCAACUCGCGGCAAAACCGCAAACUUCUUGGGUACCUCCAAAGUCUUGAUCAAAUUCUACUCAGCGGAUUGUCAUUGCCUCGCGAGGAUGAGGACUGGGCAUACAAAAAUGGAUUGAACCUGAAGAACCUCUUCGGCAGCACCGAAUGUGGUGCAAUGCUCCUCUCUAUGGGCGGCAAAGGCCGGGAUGCACCUCUUCUUCGUCCCAUACCGGGGACGUCUUACGGCUUUCUACCCAUUGAUGCCGACACUCAGAUCGAGUCAGGGCAUAAGACGUCAGCCCAAAUGUUGGAGCUUGUCAUUCUUUCCAGCUCUGACGACUGCCCGGACUCGUCUUUGCGCGGCAGUGACGGUCACUUCCACACCGGAGAUUUGUUCCAAGAAAUUAUGCCCGGGUCAUAUGCAUUCCGUGGUCGCAAUGAUGACUGGAUCAAGAGCGAAAAUAGCUUGCGGUGCGAUACAAAAGCAAUCGAAGAUAAUAUUCGAGCUACCUGCGGUGACCUCAUCGAAGAAUGCAUUGUCGUGGGAACCGGGCGUCCGUCACCCGCUCUUUUUGUUGAGCCUGCUCCUGGUGUCGACUACGGGAAGCUCAAGCGGGACAUCAUCCGCAAAACUCGCCAAUUUCACUCCCGGCGCUACCUCCAUGAGCAGAUCACAAACCCGAAUUUGAUUAUUGUAGUGCCUUCGGGAUCUCUUCCUCGCACUGCGACUAAAGGCAACAUUCGGCGCAAGGCUGUUGAGGAGGCAUACCAAGCUGAACUCGACAAGGUCUACGCCUCUCUGCAGUAA